AUGGCUUCAACUCCAAUCCUGAGGUGGGGUCUCGGUCUCUCAGCUGCCGUUGCCGUGGUUGCACUGGCAGUCGUGCGUCUCCAACAACCUCUACAUGGUGAUAUCUCAGAAGCCACUUAUUGCUACCAGGGCGUUCGCACACACGAUGAAGACCAGCCAUCUGCCCAAUGUUUCACGGUUUCUGAUGGGAAAUUCACCCGAGUUUUUCCCUGGGACGACGCGAGCUUGACAACGAAUGUCGGCUACGUGAUUCCCGGCCUGUGGGAUGGUCAUGGCCAUCUCAUUCAGUACGGCGAGUUUCUCUCCUCGGCCGAUCUUUUCGGCGCGGCCACACUGGACGACGUUAGAGGGCGUCUGAGAAACUAUGUUGAUAGCAAUCCUGAGGCCGGCACCAAGGACGAAUGGAUCCGAGGAAUCGGGUGGGACCAGAAUGUGUAUGGCAGAAUGCCAACUGCUGCGGACAUUGAAGCAGACGAGCUCUUGAAGGGCAAAUACUUCAUGCUUGAUCGCAUUGAUGUUCAUUGUACGUGGGUGUCUAAAGCGGUUCUGGAUCUUCUGCCGGCAGACAUUUCCGAUGUCCCUGGUGGCGAGAUCGUCAGGGAACCGGGUAUGGGUGUCUUCUGCGAUAAUGCCAUGGAUUUGAUCACCAAUAUUUGGCCUAAGCCUGGCCCGGAGAAGAAGCGAGCAUUUGUCGCCGCAGCUAUGGCGAAAUUGAACGAAGUCGGCUUGGUUGGCAUUCACGAUGCCGGAGUCUUCCCGGACCAGCUCGACGUGUAUGCAGAUAUGUCUCACACGGACGACUGGACUGUCCGGGUUUAUGCCAUGCUGGAAUGUGCGCAGCGGAACACAUUUUGUCCGGAUGAUGCCGCGCGCGUCUUCCAGGAGAACGAUCGGUUUAGUGUCAAGUCUGUGAAGCUCUUUGCAGAUGGCGCUCUUGGAAGCUGGGGAAGUGCUAUGAUAGAACCCUACAGCGAUCGCCCCGACACUUCUGGAUCUCUGCUUGUCAACGCUUCAACAUUGCUCCAACUUGGCAAAUCAUGGGCAUCUGUUGGUUAUCAAGUGAAUAUCCAUGCCAUUGGAGACCUAGCAAACCGUCUUGCCGUUGAUGCAUUGGAGGCUGGGUUAAAGGUUGCGUGCCCUGAAGGAGAUCUGGCAGAAUGCCAGGCCCAGCGCCGCUUCCGUAUCGAGCAUUCACAAAUCAUUCACGAAGACGACCAGAAGAGAAUCCAUGCCAUCGGUAUUCUUCCCUCUAUUCAGCCAACUCACGCAACUUCCGACAUGAAGUACGCUGAGCUGCGACUCGGUCCUGAGCGAACCAAGAACGAGGCCUAUCGUAUGCGCUCACUCCUUGACGUCCACCCCAUCCUAGGUAGUGACUUCCCUGUUGAGCCUCCCAACCCUUUCCAGGGCAUUUACGCUGCCGUGACCAGAAAGGAUCCCAGCACGGGCUAUGGACCAAAUGGAAGCCCUAGUGGGUGGCACACCGAGGAAGCCUUAAGCCUUGAUGAGGCCUUGCUUGGGUUCACCAAGGCCCCCGCUUUCGGCGCUUUUAUGGAAGGGCGCGCUGGCAUCAUUAAGGAAGGUGCUUUGGCCGAUUGGGUUGUCCUAGACGAGCCUCUAGAGUCCAUGGAUAUUGAUGACCUGCGGGACCUCAAGGUUAAGGAGACCUGGGUUGGCGGAAAGCAAGUUUACUCACGCGCUUAUGAUUAA